AUGAGUUAAAACACAAGAACUAGGUAUAUAUAUAUAUUUAAUGUAAAUAUAGAGCCAAUAGCUAAUAGAGUUAGAUAUCUAAAAAAAGCAUUCGAAAAUAUAGUUCUGAUUACUAUGAGUCAGAUGCAUCAGACUCAGAACCUAUGAUUAAGAAGAGAGUUGUAAAAAUAUGGACACCUGAGGAAGAUGAGAUGCUGUAAGACUUUUAUGAAAAAUUUAAUGGAAAUUGGACACUAGUAGCCUAAGCAAUACCUGGAAGAAAUUAAUCAUAAUGUUCAUAAAGAUGGAAAAGAAUAAAUCCAAAUAGAGUAAGUAUAUUAGGAAUUAUAAUAAGAUAAAAAUGAGAAAGCAAUGGACAGAAGAAGAAGAUAGAUAGGUGUUACGUUUGAUAUAAAAGUUUGGAAAAAAUUGGAAAAGAAUUGAAAAUGAAAUGACUGGUAGAAGUGGGAAAUAGAUAAGAGAAAGAUUUAUAAAUAAAUUAGAUAAAACAAUCAAUCAUGAUCCAUUUGAUGAGAAGGAAGAUGAAGAAAUCUAUAAAUUAUAUAUAAGUUUGGGUCCUAGAUGGAGUGAAAUAUCAAAGAACUUAAAAGGAAGACCUGUAAUCUUUUAAUCAAAUAAUAAAGGAAAACUCAGUUAAGAAUCGGUUUUACUCUCAUAUAAAGAAACUCUAUAAUAUUUAAACAAAGGAAUCCGAUUCAGAUGGUAAGGAGAUUACUCCUUAAUAGUAAUAUACUAAGUCUGAUUUCACAGGAAAAGAUUAUUUAAGAGAAUAAAUAUAAAAUGAAGAUAGAAAAUUAGAUACUAUACAGAGUUAGUUUGAGUAAGAAAACUCAAUAAACAAUUUAUAAUAACUUAACCAUUACAUGUAAACUUCAUAUAAUGGACUUGGUAAAGGAGGUAUAUGAAAAUAUGAUAAAUUACAUAGAUUCUCUAAAUUCUAAUGGAGACUUUUUGUAAUUUUCACAUUAGAUGAGUCUAGAAUAGAAAUAACUUUAUGGAAUCGAGAAUGUUCACUCAGGAUCCAAUAUAUUCCAAGAAGUUUAACUACCACUUUAAGAUUUAUUAGAAGAACAAGGAGAAUAAUAAACAAUACAGAAGAAAUAAUCAGGUACUUAAUAUCUGAGAACAGACAGUGAUAUAAUUAAUUAAGAUCUAUUAUUACACUCUUAAUUUAGUAAAAUGAGUAUGGAAUAAGAAUGA